AUGUCUAAGGGAAUAACAUUGUGUGGCCAACAAAUUGCCCAAGUUAUUGGUCAAAAAAUUAGAUCAGAUGUGGCUUAUUUAAAAUCAAACUUUAACAUUUCUCCCAAAUUGGUCGUUAUUGAAGUUGGUAAUCUACCUCAGUCAAAGUUGUACAUAAAGCAAAAAUCCAAAUUCGCAGAAAAGUAUGGCAUACUUUUGUCCCACAUGCGAUUCCCAUCACAUAUACCUGAGUCAGUGCUUUUAGAUUACGUUUAUAAGUUGAAUUCUGAUUCAUCAGUGCACGGUAUCACUUUACAAUUACCGUUUGAUUCCGAUUCAAAUAUUAAUGUUAAUAAUUCACUGAAUGCUGUUGAUACUCUCAAGGAUGUUGAAGGUCUAAAUCCUUAUAAUACAGCUGUAUUAAGUCGUGGGGAUAUACUAUGUCCUCACUGUGAAAACGUAAAACAACAGCAUGUUCAUAUACCUUGUACAGCAGCCGCAUGCUAUGCUUUUAUUCGUCAUGUUAAUUUUCCUAUAAUUGGUUCACGCUGUGUAAUCAUUGGUGGUGGUCGUCUUGUUGGAGCACCCACAGCAGACUUGUUGUCACGAUCGUGCGGUGCAACAGUUAUACAAUGUCAUAUACAGUCAAAUAAUAUUAACGAAGAAAUUAAGCGAGGUGAUGUUGUCAUCUCAGCAGUUGGACAUCCAAGAUUAAUAAAGGGUGAAUGGAUUAAACCAGGAGCAUUGGUAAUUGAUUGCGGCUAUUCUGUUCUGAAUGAUCCUCAAAAUCCAAACAAAUCACGAUGUGUCGGUGAUGUAGAAUUUGAAACAGCUAUAGAAAACGCGAAGUGGAUUACACCAGUUCCAGGUGGUGUUGGCCCAGUUUCAAUCGCUAUGCUAUUUCGUAAUACUGUGAAUAGUGCUAAAUGGUCUGUAGGGUUAAAUAAUUCCAUAUGUUCUUGUCCAAAUUAUUGUGAAAACGAUAUCCUGUUUAAAGAGCAUGUUGAUAGAAAAGUGUCUACAUAA